GGAACUUCAAUAAGAAGAAGAAAGGAGCAAUAAUUGCCAGCUCUGCUGUAUUGGGCAUUGCGAUGCUAAUGUUAGGAAUGUUAUCUUGCAUACGGAGGAGGAAUCAUGGGAAGCACAAAAAUUUUGAAGAAGUAAGGAAAGAAGACAUGGAAUUACCAAUAUUUGAUUUGAGUACCAUAGCACAUGCCACUGAUAACUUUUCGAGCAAUAACAAGUUGGGAGAAGGAGGCUUCGGAGCUGUAUACAAG